AGGCCAAGAUGCACCGCGGCAAUCAUUGGGCGGUGUUGUUGACACUACAUAUCGACAUCGUAUCAGAAUAUGCUCAGCAACUCGAACGUUCCGUGACCUGUCCUGAGGACAGGUUGUCAAAAUCAGCUCUUUGCCAUGACGACCCUCGAAUUAGAUGGCCGCAAGCCCAUCACAUUCAUAUCUGCCGAGAAAGAGGAAGCCAACAUGAUUCACCAGCUGGGUUACGCUCCUGCGGCAGCAGAGCUCCGGCAGGAACUUUGGGAGGAGAGAAGAGAGAUUGAAGCCAUUGCUAAGCAUCACCUUGGAUUAGGAAGUGAGCCGAGCUACACUGUCCUCGAACAGUCGACAUGGAUCCAAGGCGGCUUCAAUAUUUGCGUACCUAUUGAGGCAAAUCUCGGCAACUUGUCGAAGAAACUUAUCUUUCGAUGUCCGAUGCCACACAAGCUUGCCGAAAGCAUAUACCCUGGCACGGUAGAUGAGAAGCUAAGCUGUGAGUUGGGAGCAUAUAUGUGGAUACAGGAUAAGUGCCCUGAUAUCCGUAUCCCUCACUUAUACGGCUUUGGCUUCUCGGAAAGCCGACAUCCUAGUUCGCCCAAUUUACCCACGCAGAGCACCGACCUCUCCAUGUGCGCCUCUCCCGCCUGUUCUGGCGGUGCUUUUAUAGCCUCUUUCGAUACCCUUCCCUGUCACAAUAUACGCCCCACCAGAAGAGGACAAAUUUCCCUACACCCUAUAUGCUGCUCGAGUAUAUAGACUCAAGAACGGGUGAGAUGCUUUCAAACACGUGGAAGGAACAACGAGAAGACCCGGCCUCCCAGGAGGCGGUUGUUCCAAGGCAUAUCACGCAACGUCUUUUCCAAGCUUUCAAGCAUUGAUCUUGUUACUCCUUGUUUCUGAAAAGUCAGUGAGGUGCUAACCUCUGACUUAUCCCUGAGUUCUCGGACUCAACAUUUGUUACAACUUGUCUAAAC